ACGAGUGCGCCACACAUAUCACUCCGCCUGCUCGUUGCAAUCUCAUCCUCCCAAUUUCUCAUUCUCAUUUCUCACUCCCACCAAUCGAAAUCAUUUGAACUCUCAGAUUCUCCCAACUUUACAGGUAAUACGGAGUGCUCGUCCUGUCUGUGGGUAAUACGAUUACGCGUUUCACUUUCCAGUUUCUACGUGAGGAACACAGGUAGUGUCCCGAAGAUCCCAUCCCAUCUGAGAUCUCCUCAAUCAUGUCUGAAGAAGAUUCUCAGGAACCAGAAUCAGAACUCACCGAGGAGCAGAAGACGGAGAUUGCCAAAUGGUUCUUGUUAAAUUCUCCCUCCGGAGAAAUCCAAUACGUCGCCAAAGACAUUCGAUCCGUUUUAAUGGAUGAAAAUGUCUAUAACAUGGCGGUUUCAGAAGCAUUUCCUCUUUACAACAAAACUCACAUGAUAUCCCUUGAAAUGCCCAACAGAAGUGGAGCUGUGAUUGUUACAUCAUUUGGCGAACUUAAUGACAAUGAGUAUCUUGAUCCCAGAACCGCCCAAGUUGCUAAAGUUAAUCACAUCAAACAGGCUUGUACAGACGUGAGACCAGCUACUGAUGAGGAGCUUCCAUCCUUCUAUAUUGAGCAGUUUCGAUGUGCUCUAGAUUCAGAACUCAUAAAAUAUGUUAGCGAAGCUUAUCCAAAAGGUGCCUGCUCGGUAUACUGCACUAAUGGAAAAGAUGCAGAACCAGGGUCUAAUUUUGAACUUACAGUGGUGAUUUCUGCUGCUAGACACAGCCCACAGAAUUUUUGUAAUGGAUUUUGGCGUUCAGUAUGGAAUAUUGAUUUUAAAGAUGAUACACAACUGGUGGAACUGAGUGGCAAGAUACAGGUGGGAGCACACUAUUUUGAAGAAGGAAAUGUGCAAUUAGAUGCCAACCAUGAAUGUAUAGACACAACCAUUUUCCAGUCGCCUGAAGAUUCGGCACUUUCUAUAGCAAACAUGAUUCGCCACCACGAGACUGAAUACAUGGCAUCUCUUGAGGUAUCUUAUUCAAAUUUGCCAGAUACCACUUUCAAGGAUCUCCGCAGGAAGCUUCCAGUUACGCGUACACUAUUCCCAUGGAAUAACACUUUGCAAAUUAGCCUUAACCGAGAGAUCACAAAAGAACUUGGACUUGGCAAGUGAAAAAAAUACCCAGCCUGAGGUGAGGAUUGCCUUGGUAAUAUUGAGCCAGAGUAGUUCAAUAUUAUUUCAGAUGAAUUUUGCGUGAAUAAAUCCCUUGAGAGUUCUUGUCAUUUGUCACACUGCUUGUGUCUCAAAGUUUGUUUUUGUGAGAAAGCGUUGGGAAUUAUAUUUUCUAAGUAUUUUUUGUACAAUUGUAUUUGGUUCAUUUGAUGUUGAUAUAAAACAGUGAGGAAUUUGUGCACUA